CCGCGAUAUACCUAAACAUCGCAUCCUAUAGUUCGCUUGUAACGCGACUAUUAUAUUUUCACUUUUUUAUUCACCAAAUGUGAAACUGAAAGUGCUGUAAUCAUGAAGUUGUUUCACUUGAUACUUAUACCUUGUUGCCUGUUGUUAGUGAAUGGUGCUAUCUUACCCAGUAUACCAAGUCACCUGCUAGAAUGCUAUCGAAGCAGCGGGCCUCGCCCCGGGGCUCCAAGGCGGCUAGAUGUGUUGCUCUCUCUAAUCAAGAAACUAGAACUCAACUCACAACUGGAUAUGAGAAUGUUCAGUGCUUCUCUUCUUAGAAGCUUACGCCUAGACGGCAUUGAGCGCUCGAGCGUCAUAGAAACAGAAUUCAUCCUCCCAUACCGCGCCUCAGCUUUCCAAUUUCACAAGUACAAAGUUUUAAUGGACCUGUUCCUUCCAAGUCAAAACUUAUUGGAGGUGGACUCCAUACUUACUUCGGAGGAAAAAUGUCUGUUGCAUAGGAUGCUAAGCUCAGCAGUACAGCAGUGGGAGAGAGGAGACGAGAAUGUAGUGUGCCCUGUGUCUGUGGAACAAAGGCAGAAUAUGGACACACAGAGUUCUACACGGGUACACAGCAGAUGUCCAAUAGAAGAAGGAGUGAUUCUCACCGAGUGGGGAACUAUAUCGCCUGGAACUUUGAUAGCGGCAAUAGCGUCGUCGUUGGAAGCACAGACGGUGUCAGUCACAGACAUAUUGAACGCGGACAUCUUCCAAGAAGACAUUGCUGAACCUUUGAUGGUGUCGGCUAAGCAGGAGUGGGUCGAAGACAUAGAGACUUUAAAUGUGGUUGAUGCCGAGCGGCAGACUUCUGGCGCCGAUAUUAGUAACAUUUGGGUGUCUACUUUAGCUGGUGACCUAGCAGAGGUGGUGAUCAACCAAGGGCCGCGGGUGGGUGCGGCGCCUCAGCGGCUAACAGUUGGCAGCAACAGUCGGUGGAACGACACGCUGCUACCUCGCCACCACUACUUACUGACGCAGAAUGGAACUGGCGUCGACUGGCACUUCACUGACGCUGAGAUACUGGCUGGCAUCGAUGGUUUAAUAUUGGCGCAAUACAUUCCCACUUGGGUAGAGCAACGGAGAACAUUGCGACUGUCACAAGUUAUAGACAUGUAUUACUCUGAAGGAGGGGUAUCCUUCGAACCUUCGGUGAAGGCGUGCAACAGACAGGCUCUAUUUAAUAAGAUCUUCAGCAAUGAGGCAUUGUCUACUGAAACUGCACGGUUCGCUCACGUACUCUCCUUGCGGCAAAUCACAGUGUACAUUCCAGUUGAAGAGAUGGAGAGGAUUACCACCGCUGCUGUCACAGCUUUUGUCAAUUAUGUCCCGUCGUUGCUGCGACAGAACCAGCUGAACUGCCGGGCCAGCUACAGCGUGCCCGUCAUGGACUUGGUCGUGGCCACUGACGGCUCCUGGAAGGGAUAUGACGUCGAGCAGUUUAUAUCAUGGGUAGGAGGAGCCCUCGAGCUGAACUUACAGCGGAGUAGAUUAUCCUUGCUCCACGGUAACACCGGACAUUGGAUCGUGCCCCCCUCAGACAACCUCACCGCCGUGUUCAGUCACAUGAGCAAUUUUACCGAGGAAUGGCCGACCAGUAUCAACGUAGCUCGCAUCAUUUCAACAACGAUGCAGUAUUCUCAAAAUAAGACACUUUUGGACAUAGAGAGGCAGGCGAGCGCAGGCCCUAGUACAGUGGUGUUGAUCGUAAGCCCCAGUGAUCGCCCCUCUUCGGUUGAUUUGGAAAGAGCCAGAGAACUCAUGAAUACAUUCAGAACUACCUACUUCGAUGUCUACUUCGCAUAUCUAGCGCAAGAUACAACGGACUUCCAGAAUAUAAACAACGAAUAUUUGGACUACUCCGAACUGUUUUUGACGACUCCAUCCACUCGUGUGCAAGACGUCAUCAACACUGUAGACACCUUUUUAGUAAAGAGUGAGAUACCAACUAGCAUUUUCGGCCCGCAUUGUCCUGUCAAUGGCACUACUUACAACCAGACCGAGUACGAAGACUUCGUGUUACCUGGCAGAUUGAGAUCCUACCGUAUCCAUCCAUUUUAUAUGAGACGGCAGAAUUUAAUAAAUGUACAGUUCCGCAAUAAUGGCCAAGGUCGUCUGCUAGCAUGCAUGUGGCGUGGAGCGGAGUCAUCUCAUAGCUGUCAAAGUAUUGUUGACCGGGAAAUUCACAUAUUCAAUCUAACGAAUCCCUGUCCGUCUACAGAUUUCUGCCCACCAGCACAUUUUACCGUAGAAGUUCUCAAUACAACAAAUUUAUGUGCACGUAAGAUUUUAUCUUAUUAAAAAAAUGUAAAAAGAAAAAAAAUAAAGCUCACAAUCAGCUAGGCCCCGGGGGGAUUCGAACCCCCGAUCUCCUGUUUACUAGACAGGCGCUUUAACCAACUAAGCCACGGCGCCGUUGUGAAACGUGACGAAAGUUAGUAUCAUAUACCAGCAAAGAUUCA